AUGCCAGGUGGGCAGGUGAGGCCUUGUUACGCUUUUAUGGGUUAUAGGGAACCCGUACUGGCAUUAGGAAGAAUCCAUUCGAAAUCAACCUUAAUUUUGUUAUAUAAUUCAGGAGAUAACGAGAUUGAAGGAUUGACUGACAAAAUUGUUCCUCGCCGUCUUGGACCUAAACGGGCAACAAAAAUUCGUCGUCUCUUCAAUUUAACCAAAGAAGAUGAUGUUCGUAAAUAUGUUAUUCGACGUACACUUCCGGCAAAAGAAGGAAAGAAGCCACGUGUUAAAAUGCCAAAAAUUCAACGUUUGGUGACUCCAAUAACUCUUCAACGCAAGCGCCGCCGUAUUGCUCUCAAAAACAAGCGCCGUCAAAAGCGUCGUGAAGAAUCUGCAAUUUACCAUCAGACGUUGGCUAAAUAUGCAAAGGAGAAAAUUGCUGAAAAAGCUGCACGUCGUCAUUCUUCUGCUUCACAAUCAAAAGCUUCAGAAUCUGAGCCGAGACAUUCAUUUACUACUGUUAAGAAAAGUAAGAAAUAA